AUGCAGAACCCAGAAGACAUCAAGAGGGAGAUUAUUAGAUUCUACAAAAAGUUGUACAAAGAAGAAGAAGAGUGGAGACCAGUAGGACCCAACAGAAUCAACCAAAUGUUUACAGCAGAGGAUAAUUUAAUGCUGCAGAGUCCAUUUGAAGAGCAGGAAAUAUGGGACAGUGUUAAGGCAUGUGCCGGAGACAAGACACCAGGACCAGAUGGAUUCUCAAUGGCCUUCUUCAACAAUUGCUGGGAUGUGGUAAAAAAGGAAGCUGUAGCAACAAUCCAAAACUUCUAUGAUCAAGGAGUCUUUGAAAAGAGCAUGAAUGCUACAUUUGUGGCAUUGAUUCCUAAGAUGCUAUUGACUGAGAGACUCAAGAAGGUGGCCAACAAGCUGGUGGAUUCUCAACAAAUGGCAUUCAUAAGAGGAAGACAGAUCAUGGAUGCUGUUUUAAUAGCUAAUGAGUGCAUAGAUACAAGAACAACAAGCAAAGAACCAGGGAUCCUAUGUAAGCUGGAUAUUGAGAAGGCAUAUGAUCAUUUGAAUUGGAAGUACCUUCUUGACAUUCUAAGGAGGAUGGGUUUUGGAGAGAGGUGGAUCAGCUGGAUAAAAUUUUGCAUAUCCACUGUAAGCUUCCCAGUUCUAAUCAAUGGUGCCCCAGCUGGAUUUUUUCCUUCACAGAGGGGGCUAAGGCAAGGGGAUCCCUAUCCCCUUUUCUAUUUAUCAUAG